CAAUCAUUAUUCAAUUACCUUCAGUUUAAACUUUUUCCGGCCACUGUACUUUUUUGCAUCUUUCUUUUUUCACUACAUCGAAUCGAAUAUGUGUGUGAUUAUUUAUAGGGUUUAUUAAUAAGAACUUCACUUUCCCCUUUGUGUUCUCUCUUCGAUCCGAAAAAUGGCGAAUGUUUCUCAUCAAAUGCGACUCUCCUCUACUCUACUGAGGCGUUUACAGCAAAGAGUAACAGCAGUGAAUUCAACUUCUUCUAGGAAUUUUACCACAACCGAAGGUCACCGUCCCACCAUUGUUCACAAACGUAGUCUUGACAUUCUUCACGAUCCAUGGUUUAACAAGGGAACAGCAUUCUCAUUUACAGAACGUGAUCGUCUUCACAUUCGUGGCCUACUGCCUCCAAACGUGAUGUCUUUUGAACAACAAACUGCACGGUUCAUGGCUGACUUGAAGAGGCUUGAAGUGCAAGCUAGAGAUGGUCCAUCUGACCCGUAUGUUUUGGCCAAGUGGCGGAUACUUAAUCGCUUGCAUGAUAGAAAUGAGACUUUGUACUACAAGGUUUUAAUUGAGAAUAUUGAGGAAUAUGCACCCAUAGUUUAUACUCCUACAGUGGGUCUUGUUUGCCAGAAGUACAGUGGAUUGUUUAGACGUCCGAGGGGCAUGUACUUCAGUGCUGCAGAUCGUGGGGAGAUGAUGUCUAUGGUUUACAACUGGCCAGCUGAUCAGGUUGACAUGAUUGUUGUAACUGAUGGAAGUAGAAUAUUGGGUCUUGGAGAUCUUGGAGUUCAGGGUAUUGGUAUUGCAAUUGGGAAACUGGAUCUGUAUGUGGCUGCUGCUGGAAUCAACCCCCAAAGAGUAUUGCCUGUAAUGAUAGAUGUUGGAACUGACAAUGAGAAACUUUUGAAAGACCCGUUAUAUUUGGGAUUGCAAGAGCGUCGACUUGAUGGAGAGGAGUAUCUUGAAGUAAUUGAUGAAUUUAUGGAGGCUGUUUAUACUCGUUGGCCCCAUGUGAUUGUGCAGUUUGAAGAUUUUCAAAGCAAGUGGGCCUUCAAGUUGUUGCAGCGUUAUAGAAACAACUAUAGAAUGUUUAAUGAUGAUGUCCAG